GUUGCGAAGCAUCUGGGCAGCUGCCUUCUAUUCUAUUUAAGCAACCGCCUCCUUAGAGUGCUCGGCUAGGCCAUGCUGGACGCUGGCCGUGUGUGUGGCCAGCAUGUUGCUCCAGACAGCUCACCUGGUUGGCCUGCAACUUUGCAUUUCCUGCUGCUGGGCUUACAGCUGCCACAACACUGAGCCCUCUCCCGACUUCAGCCUCCCUGGGGAUUACCUGCUUGCAGGCCUGUUCCCUCUCCAUGCUGAAUGUGUGCAGGUGCGACACAGACCUGAGGUGACCCUGUGUGACAGGUCAUGCAACUUCAACGGCCAUGCCUACCACCACUUCCAGGCCAUGCGGUUUGCCAUUGAGGAAAUAAACAACUCCACGGCCCUGCUGCCCAAUGUCACCCUAGGGUACGAGCUGUACGAUGUGUGCUCGGAGUCUGCCAAUGUGUAUGCCACGCUGAGAGUGCUCUCCGUGCCAGGGACAAACCACAUAGAGAUCCAGGGAAACCUUCUCGACUAUGUCCCCAAGGUUGUGGCAGUGAUUGGGCCCGAGGACUCCAACAGUGCUGCCACCACUGCUGCCCUGCUGAGCCCUUUCCUUGUACCCCUGAUCAGCUACUCGGCCAGCAGUGUGACACUUAGCACGAAGCGGCAAUAUCCCUCUUUUCUGCGCACCAUCCCCAGUGACAAGCGCCAGGUGGAGACCAUGGUGCUGCUGCUGAAAAGGUUCGGGUGGGUCUGGAUCUCGCUGGUCGGCAGCGAAGGUGACUACGGGGAGCUGGGGGUGCGGGAGCUCGAGUACCAGGCCACCAAGGAGCGCAUCUGCAUUGCUUUCAAGGACAUUGUGCCCUUCUCUGCCCGGGUGGGUGAUAAGAAGAUGCAGAGCAUGAUGCGCCACCUGGCCCAGGCCAGGACCACUGUCGUGGUUGUUUUCUCCCGCCACCAGCCAGCCAAGGUGUUCUUCGAGUCCGUGGUGCUGGCCGACCUGACUGGCAAGGUGUGGAUCGCCUCAGAAGCCUGGGCCAUCUCCCAACACAUCACUGGGGUGCCUGGGAUCCAGGACAUCGGGACAGUGCUGGGUGUGGCCAUCCAGCACGGGUUUGUCCCUGGCCUGAAGGAGUAUGAAGAGGCCUAUGCCUGGGCGGACAAGAGGGACCCCAGGCCUUGCAUCAAUGGCUCCUGGUGCAGCAGCAAUCAGAUCUGCAGACACUGCCAAACUUUCAGGCCACACUCGAUGCCCAGGCUUGAAGCCAUCUCCAUGAGUUCUGCCUACAACACGUAUCGGGCAGUGUACAUUGUGGCCCACGGCCUCCACCAGCUCCUGGGCUGCACCUCUGGAGCCUGUUCCAGGGGCCAAGUCCACCCCUGGCAGCUUCUGGAGCAGAUCCCCAAGGUGAAUUUCCUUCUACACGAAGACACUGUGACAUUUAAUGACAAUGGGGGCCCCUUUAGUGGCUAUACCAUAAUUGCCUGGGACUGGAGUGGGCCCAACUGGACCUUCACCGUCAUCGGUUCUUCCACAUGGUCUCCAGGUUGGCUGGACAUAAAUGAGACCAAAAUCCAGUGGCAUGGAAAGGACAACCAGGUGCCUAAGUCUGUGUGCUCCAGCGACUGUCUUGAAGGGCACCAGCAAGUGGUUGUGGAUUUCCAGCACUGUUGCUUUGAGUGUGUUCCCUGUGAGGCUGGGACCUUCCUCAACAAGAGUGACCUCUACAGCUGCCAGCCUUGUGGGAAAGAAGAGUGGGCACCUGAGGGAAGCCAGAUCUGCUUCCCACGCACUGUGGUGUGUUUGACUUGGCAUGAGCACAUCUCUUGGGUGUUGCUGGCAGCUAAUUCGCUGCUGCUGCUGCUGCUGGUUGGGACUGCUGGCCUGUUUGCUUGGCACCUAGACACCCCUGUGGUGAGGUCAGCUGGGGGCCAGCUGUGCUUCCUCAUGCUGGGCUCCCUGGCAGUGGGUAGCUGCAGCCUCUAUGGCUUCUUUGGGGAGCCCACGCUGCUCGCAUGCUUGCUGCGCCAGGCCCUCUUUGCCCUUGGUUUUGCCAUCUUCCUGUCCUGCCUGACAGUUCGCUCCUUCCAACUGGUCAUCAUCUUCAAGUUUUCCACCAAGUUACCCAUGUUCUACCGUGCCUGGGUCCAAAACCACGGUGCUGGCCUGUUUGUGCUGAUUAGCUCAAUGACCCAGCUGCUUAUCUGUCUAACCUGGCUUGCGGUGUGGACCCCACUGCCCACCAGAGAAUACCAGCGCUUCCCCCAGCUGGUGAUGCUUGAGUGCACAGAGUUCCACUCACUGGGCUUCGUGCUGGCCUUUGCCUACAAUGGCCUCCUCUCGGUCAGCGCCUUUGCCUGCAGCUACCUGGGCAAGGACCUGCCAGAGAACUAUAACGAGGCUAAAUGUGUCACCUUCAGCUUGCUCCUCAACUUCGUGUCCUGGAUCUCGUUCUUUACCGUGGCCCGCGUCUUCCAGGGCAAGUACCUGCUCGCGGUCAAUGUGCUGGCCCCGCUGAGCAGCCUGAGCAGCGGCUUCAGUGGCUAUUUCCUCCCCAAGUGCUAUGUGAUCCUCUGCCGCCCAGAUCUCAACAGCACAGAGCACUUCCAGGCCUCCAUCCAGGACUACACGAGGCGCUGCCAUUCCACCUGACCAGUGGGGUCAGGUGGGGCCAAGCGGGCGGGCAGGACUGUAAGGCUUCCCUGGCCUGAGGGUCGAAGGUCGAGCAGGACCGUGGGCCUGGGGUGUCCGGGAGGCAUUUGGGCUCCUCGGUCUUGGGUUGGGAUGUGUAAGCGCACAGGAGAGCCCAGCUCAGCCUCCUGGCUGCCAAUAAAGAGACGAAAUG